AUGGGCAAAUUCUCUCUGCUUUCCUUUGCGCUCCUCGCAGCACAAUCCGUCUUCGUCAAUGGCCAGGGAUCUGCCGGGACUGAAGAAAAGACAGAGGCUCCAGCUGAUAUCCCCAAGCUCGGAGUAACAGUAUCAACUACGUUCCCUAAUGCUGAGGUGUUCGGUGUUAAGCUUGUCAACGGUCAGCCUACCGAAGCGCUUCUCCAUUUUACCAACCCAGACCCUGAGACCGUAACGGUCAGCGUUAUCGGAGGAUCCCUUUGGACCAUUGAAGCUCCAGGAAAGCUUCCAGUUAAUGUUCGAAACCUUACUGCGACUCCAUAUGGCAUGGACAUCCCGGCGGGAGAUCAGAUUUCUCUUCCUUACAUCUUCACCAACGAUAUGCACCCUCAAGAUUUGACAUUGAACCUUGCAGCUGUGAUUAGCGAUAGCAAAGGAAUCAUGCAUCCAAUCACUGCUUACAACGGCACUGUUAGCGUUGUAGAGCAAGACACCAGCAUCUUCGAUCCUCAAGUUCUUUUCCUCUAUCUCUUCCUCCUAGCCUGCGCAGCAGGGUCAAUGUACUUCUUCUACACUCUCUGGAUUGCACCCUACUUCCCCCAGAAGCGUAAGGGCGGAAAGGGAUCCGAUCGUCCCCGAAAGUCAGCCGGUGUUUCGUCUUCUGUCGACGCUGCAGACCCAGUUGCUACCGAAGGAACUCCUUCAACCAAGACUUACGAUACUGAGUGGAUUCCCUCUCACCACAUCAACCGACCUGAAGCACGAAAGGUCAAGUCCAGUGGAAGCCGUGUGAAACGAGCAUAG